AGGGCUGAGGGGAUUGGGUGUCUUUUAAGUGUUUCGACCGCCGCCGUUGUGGAAACAUAUUUCGAAAAUGAGCAGUUGCCAAGAGCAUAACGUUACUGUGGGUGUGUCUAUGGGGCGGACCGCAUGAGUGAUACUAUGAAAGCAGUUGUUCUGUUAUCUGGACCGAUUCAUUCUCUCUCACAGGACCUGACUGAUCGACUCGAUAAGACCCAAAUAUGGCUGGUGUGCAGAAAAAACAAAAUGAGGCACUGAGGAUUGUUCUGGUUGGGAAGACUGGAGUUGGGAAGAGUGCAACAGCAAACACCAUCCUGGGGAAAAAAGUGUUUGAGUCUAAACUUUCCCCGGUUUCUCUGACAAUAGAGUGUGACAAGGCUAGAGGGGAGGUGGAUGGGAGAGAAGUGGCUAUUGUUGACACUCCAGGCUUGUUUGACACUAGCUUGUCACAAGAGGAGACCCUAAAUAAGAUUGCUAAAUGCAUCUCCUUCUCUGCUCCUGGUCCCCAUGCGUUCCUUGUAGUGAUUGCGUUGGUUAGAUUCACACAGGAAGAGAAAGACGCAGUGGAGAUGAUUCAGACAUUCUUUGGAAAAGAUGCAGAAAGAUACAUCAUGGUUCUCUUCACAAAUGCAGACCAGCUUGAUGAAGAACAAACAAUUGAAGACUUUUUGCGUGCCUCUUCAGAUCUUCAGGAUCUCAUUGCCAAAUGCAGUGGGCGGUAUCAUGACUUCAACAACAGAGAUAAGAAGAACCGCUCCCAGGUCACUGAGCUGCUUGAGAAGAUAAACAAGAUGGUCACGAUGAAUGGAGGAAGAUACUACACCACUGAGAUGUUCCAAAAGGCUGAGAGGGCGAUUGAAGAGGAGACGAAGAGGAUCUUGAGAGAGAUGGAAGAGGAGACACUCAGAGCGGAGGAGGAACUAAAAGCAAAAUAUAAAGGAGAGUUCCUAAAGGAACAACAAGCCAUCCUAAGUGUAGCCACCUUGGCAUCAGCCAGAGGUUCAGCUGAAAGAGAAAACAACUUCACUAAAAAUCCUCUGCGCUUUUUGAGCUCUUUGUGUAGCAUCCUCUGAGGUGGUGUCAUCAGAAAAAAAAACAAAUAACUGUGGGAUGGCAUUAGGCAUAUGACAAUAGAACAAGGCAUGAAGUACUGAAGACUGUGGGGAAAAAGCACCACAAUACUAUACUGCAAAAUCACAUGACUUUUCAUUAAUGAUAAAGUGGCAUGGAAAAUAAUAUUAGGAUAGGACUUGAUUUGCCCUUGAUGACAAGUGUUGGCCCGGAUGCCAAGUGAACUCAUACAAUUUGCUUACAGUCAUACCAUUGAGUGACCUGCUUUAAGUGCUGAACCUAACGGAAUCUGCUAACCCAACUUAAAAUAUCUGAAGUAUAUCAUCGUUUUCCAUCAUCCUGUGUAACAGGUAACACACAGAUGGCUGUAAUGGCAGAGAGAAAGAACCUGAACAAUCAUGAGUGUAAUGAUACAUGCAUACUUUGAGGUGUAUUUUAUAUAUUGAUAAUAAGAUUGGGACUUACUCCUGUUUCUGGCAUAUUUGAUUGUGACUGCAUGUACCUAGAAUUCGGUAUUAAAGCUAUUGCUUCAACUGCA